AUGAGCGCGAUAUUUAAUUUCCAAAGCCUUUUAUCUGUCAUACUACUCUUAAUAUGUACCUGUGCAUAUUUAAGAUCAUUCUUCCCUAGUUUAAUGGAUCGCAAUAAGACAGGACUCUUGGGUACAUUUUGGAAAUGUGCAAGAAUAGGUGAACGUAAAUCACCAUAUGUUGCAACUUGCUGUAUAUUUAUGGCUUUUACAAUACUUUUUCUAACA